AUGAUAAAUAAAUUUGGAAUUAUUUUUAAUCAACCAGAUUUAUCCUAUAGAAAGUUUGCAUUAAUCUUACUACCAUUAGUUUUUAAUAGUUCGGCUCUUUCUUCUUCUAUUAAACAUAUUCAUUUUGAUGGAACAAAUUCAAAUUCUUAUGAUGUUAUUGAUCAUUUUCUUUUUUUAAAUAAUAAUCAACAAAUUCUUUGUUUUCCUAAUCUUAAAUCGCUUAAGAUAACUCGAUGUUUAUUAUCGCAAUCAUUAAUUCAAACAUUAUUCUUACUUAUUCAAAAUCAAUUAAAUCAACUUACAUUAACAUUUGAUGAACAGAUGGCGGAGUUGAUUCGAAAAUCAGAAGAACCAUGA